CUCAAAUAUGCACACCAAUUCCCCGAAGCCAGUGUGAAACUUGCUUUAGGGACGAAAAGUUCAAAAUACUAUUCGUUGUAAAUAUUUAAAUAACUAAAUAAAUAAGCACAAAAAUAUAAGCCACUAAUUUAGCAUUAUGUUCGUUCCGAUUAUUUCCAUACUUUUUGUACUCCUUGGUAAAGCAAAUGGUAACGGGGCCCCUAGCCAAAUGCAUGCCGGAUUGGCAAAAGCAUUGCUAAAUGGGGACAGUUUGACAAAAACUCAACUCUGUGAAGGUAUCGAAGUGGAUGAAUCGUUUCUUCAAAAUCGUACAAAUGAACAAGAUGUCCCCGAAAGUAGUCCGGGAUGUCCUAGUCCAACCGACGGUUACCCAUGGGUCAAGUUUGGCACGCCGGCACGUUGCUACCUGGCCGGUUUCCAAGGCCCGUGCCCUCUCUACAUGAAAUUAUUCUAUAAUCAAACCGCCCCCGAAUUCGGGUAUUGUUCAUGUGAUUGCUUCGAUAAUGAUCCAUCCUCUCCAGUGGAAUAUUACUGCAUGCGGAAGGCGAAAGAAUGGCAUUCGGAUGCAGAAUUUCGAGCGUAUGGAUUUUCCUCGGAAACCAAAUCGUGUUACGCACUAUUUUCUGAGGGUCCCUGCCAAUCGGACGAGUGGUUCACCCUGGAUCCUUCGGGGACGAAGGCUAUCUGCGAGAAGCGACGCUGUAGAGACCCCAGCAAACGAGAUGGAGUGAUAUUUUACUCCAACAAGACGCAAUCUUGUCUCGAACUUCAUGCGGAAUGUGUACCUGAUAAAAACGAUGAUCGGGCCUACCAUGAUUCCGAAUUUGGCAUAAUUCCCACUUAUAGAUACACUUUCAUAAAAAGUGAUUGGAUUCCGCAGUGCACGUAUCGGGAGGGGGUACGUCACUUAAGUACUGUCGCUCCAAGGGGUCAAUUUCGCUGUUAUGAGGGAAAAUUGUUUUCGAAAUUGUUGAAACGGUGUAUCAACCCUUUUAGCAAAAUGAGUGGAAAUGUUGGCUGAGAAGGUGACAUUUUUCAAAAUCAGAGUGAGGAAAAUUUUAAAUUGGCUUAAUAAUUAUUAGUUGGUAUAUUGAGAUACAUAAAUUCGAUGCUAGACAUGGAAAUAAACAAUUUCAAUCGUGUCCAGUUGUAACAACUUAGAUGUACAAGGGAUGAUAAUAAAAAUGCUGAACGUUUACAAUAUACGUGUAUACAAUAUAUGUACAUUCAUGCAAAUUCGUAACAAUACAAACCUGUUUUUGUGUACGGUGUAA